CUCCUUUUCCUCCCACUCCUUACAAAGCUACCGUUGAACUCUUCUUCCUCUCCUCUUCUUCCUCCUCCUCCUCCUCUUCUCAUCGUUCCCAUCGCCCAUCUCCUCCCACUUAUGACUGUACACACCAUGCCGGCUUUCAGGCAAGUUGGAGAGAAGCAACUUCCUCAAGAAGUUACUUUUAUGGCUUGGUCUCCUAAGAGGGAUCUGAUCGCCUUGGCAAACAGAGUGGGAGAGGUAUUGCUUCACCGGCUGGCAAAUUUUCAGCGAGUUUGGAGUUUGCCGCCAAAUGAAAACACAGGCAAAGAAGUAUCGGCGCUCGCCUGGAGACCAGACGGCAAAAUUCUGGCUUUUGGACUUGCGGAUACGAAGAAAGUUAUCCUGUGUGAUGUGGAAAAGCCGGAGAGUUUGCAUUCUUUUUCGGUCAGCGUUCCUCUGACGUUCAUGUACUGGAUGGAAGUUACAGAAGAAAACAGUGUUCUCACUUCGUUUUAUAACGCUGAAGACGAGUCCAGUCUUCUCCUUCCUAAGUUGCCUGCCUUGCCAAAGAACUACAGUACCACAGCAAAGAUCUUCAGUGAAGAAAAAUCCGAUGAAAUUAUGAAACUCAUGGGCGAUGUCAGGCUUAACGCUCUGGUUGUUGGCGGCAUUGAUGGGUUCGUUGAGAUCUAUGCUUACGGAAUGUACAAGAUCGCCAUCGUAACAGGGGUGACGGGUUCCUGCCUUGCGUUGUGCUUAUCCAGUGACUUGAAAUCACUUUCAAUUGUGACAGAAGUAGACAAUUGUCCGGACACCGAUCCUGAAAUAACCUACUUCCAAAUGGAUACAAGUCUGCUGUCAACCUAUUUACCAGAAGUGACUCGGAUGGCCCGAAAAUUUACGCACAUUUCAACUCUCCUGCAGUACAUAAAACUUUCGCUGAUUUGCAUGUGUGAAGCUUGGGAGGAAAUAUUGUUGCAGAUGGAUUCCCGAUUAACCAAGUUUGUACAGGAGAAGAAUACAACCACGUCUGUGCAGGAUGAAUUUAUGGAGUUACUUUUGUGGGGCAAAGCAAGUACCGAGCUUCAGGCAUUGCUUAUGAACCAGCUCACCGUCAAGGGUUUGAAAAAACUUGGCCAGUCCAUGGAAUCGUCGUACUCCAGCAUUCAGAAGCUCGUGAUAAGUCACCUGCAGAGCGGUUCGGAGGCCCUGCUCUACCACCUGAGCGAGCUGAAAGGCAUGGCUUUGUGGAAGCAGAAGUACGAACGUCUCGGCUUGGACGCCUCAGGAAUCGAAGAGGCCGUCACCGCGGUCGGUUCCUUCAUCCUCAAAGCCAACGAACUUCUCCAAGUUAUAGACAGCAGCAUGAAAAAUUUCAAAGCUUUCUUCCGUUGGCUUUAUGUAGCCAUGCUUCGAAUGUCGGAAGACCCCGUUCCUCCUGAAUUGAACAAGAUGACUCAGAAGGACAUUACUUUUGUGGCUGAUUUUCUCACGGAGCACUUCAAUGAAGCACCUGAGCUCUACAAUCAAAAAGGGAAAUACUUUAACGUCGAGAGAGUUGGACAGUAUUUAAAAGAUGAAGACGACGAUCUUGUAUCUCCGCCUAACACAGAUGGAAACCAGUGGUUUAAUUUCCUUCAAAACAGUAACAGUCUUAAAGAAAGCCCGUUGCUGUUUCCAUACUACCCUCAAAAAUCACUGCAUUUCGUAAAGAGGAGAAUGGAAAGGAUCAUUGAUCAGUGUCUCCAAAAACCAGCUGAUGUUAUUGGGAAAACUGUCCACCAGGCGUUUUGUAUGCCUUUAUAUAGGGCCUCCAAAAGUGAGGAUUCGACAUCUCAGCUUCUUAAGUUGCCCUUUUUGUGGCACGACAAAUCGUACAAUUUGCAUUAUGUUUUAUUCACGAUGUUAGAGAACUCUGUGUCCAAACUCUACAUUCUGCGAAGGCAUACGGACAUUUCAAGGUCCACCAAUAACGGACUGCUCGCCGUGGAGUUUGGAAACUUUCUGAACAAAAGCCUUAAUGAAAGUAAUGAAAGCAGCUCCUACAGCUGUCUGGAUGCCCAUUUUUACGAUGACGAAACGAUAACGGUCAUUGUGGUGGAAAAUUCAGACCACGAGGGGAAGGAACGGAUUUUGGCUCAGCUGCCUUUGUCAUCUAUCAGCACGGAGGAGAACCAGGAAAUGGAGUUUAACUGGAAUUCUGGCCAAAGGUUAGACAUGCAGCGUGACAGCAUUCCGACGUGUACUGUGACCGCGGACACGCAGUGGAGGGUGCUGGAGAACAUGAAGGCUAACUAUGUCACAGUGAACGGUAUCCGGAAAGUGUCUUGCGUUCUAAGUUCGAACCUACGGCACAUCCGCGUCUUUGAAAUGGACGAAGACGAUGGAGAAGUUGAGGAGGAGGAGGAGGAAGAAGCUCCUCAGGCUCUUAGCCUGUCCCAAGAAGAACUCAACCAGUCAACGGGCAUGGCUGAAGGAGAAUAGGUCUCGGCUCAGCUGAUCUGGUAGGAUGCGUGGAUGUGUCGUUUUGCAAGUUUGCCGCCGUCCCGCGGAGGACGGCUGGGGAUCUAACCUCCUAAACCCGUGGCCGCCAAUCCUCUUCAAAACUCAGCGUAAAGGAAAAUAAAACAGAAUUUUUAUUUUUUAAUUGUGCUUUUCAGUCGCGCGUUUCGUUUCACAACCCCUGUCUCACCGACACUGCCAUCAUCGAUUUAUUUCUCGGGUGUUUUAAUCCAAAACAAACGUUCUUUUACAGCUUUAGUGUUUGCCUGCUGCUAAAUCGAGUAAUCUCAAAGAAUGUCCUUUUAGAUAACUUUGGAGAAGCUUCCAUCCUUCAGUUUCUGGUAAUUUCCAGCAUUGUGCCAAGAAUUAUGGGUCUGGAUGGGGAGAAACAGGCUCAAGCUCAAUCCUUCCAAGACAGAGUGGCUGUGGAUGCCGGCAUCCCGGUACAGUCAGCUGAGUCCUCGGCUGACUGUUGGGGGCGAGUCACUGGCCCCAAUGGAGAGGGUGCGCAAUCUGGGCGUUCUCCUGGAUGAACGGCUGUCUUUUGAAGAUCAUUUGACGGCCGUCUCCAGGAGAGCUUUCCACCAGGUUCGCCUGGUGCGCCAGUUGCGCCCCUUUCUAGACCGGGAUGUCUUAUGCAAGGUCACUCACGCCCUCGUGACGUCUCGCCUGGAUUAUUGCAAGGCUCUCUACAUGGGGCUCCCCUUGAGGGGCAUCCGGAGGCUCCAGUUAGUUCAGAAUGCAGCUGCGCGGGUGAUAGAGGGAGCCCCUCGUGGCUCCCGUGUUACACCUAUCCUGCGCAGACUGCACUGGCUACCUGUGGCCUUCCGGGUGCGCUUCAAGGUGCUGGUGACAAUCUUUAAAGCGCUCCAUGGCAUAGGGCCGGGCUAUUUACGGGACCGCCUACUGCUACCAAAUACCUCUCACCGACCCAUGUGCUCUCACAGAGAGGGACUCCUCAGGGUGCUGUCAGCUAGGCAGUGCCGUCUGGCGACACCCAGGGGAAGGGCCUUCUCUGUGGGGGCUCCCACCCUCUGGACCGAACUCCCUCCAGGACUUCGCCAACUUCUGGACCUCCGAACCUUUCGUCGCGAGCUUAAAACACACUUAUUUAUCUGCGCGGGACUGGGUUAGAUUUUAAAGUUAUGGGUUUUAAGGGGCU